CAACACCAACAACAACAACACUAACAGCAAAGACGACAACGAAGACACACAACAAAAGCCACAACAACAACAAGAAAAUUGUGUCUUGUGCGCGCAUUUUUCCUGCUGCAACUUUGCUGGCGCUUUUCACGCUGCUGCUGCCCAAAUUGUGGACAUUUUCUUUAUGCACGUCUGAAAUCAGUUGCAACGUGUAGAAUGAAGAUGAUGCGUGGCAGUCGUGUCAGUCGUGUCAGUCGCCGGUUGCUGUUGCCGCCACUGGCGACCGUGCUGCUGCUGCUGCUGCUGGUCGUGCUGCCCGGCGGCAUUAUGGCCAAGUCGAAGAACAAGAACAAAUCCAAUCAGAAUACACACUACGGCGACUCCGGCGGCGGCGGCGGCAGCAGCAGCAGCAGCAGCGAUGACAACGGCAACGGCAAUGGCAACGGCAACAAGCUGAAGGGGCACGGCGAUGGCGGCCAGCAUUUUGCGAUGGAGCCGCAGGAUCAGACGGCCGUGGUUGGGUCGAGGGUGACGCUGCCAUGUCGCGUCAUGGGCAAGGUGGGCGCACUGCAAUGGACCAAGGAUGACUUCGGACUCGGCCAGCAUCGCAAUCUGAGCGGCUUCGAGCGCUACUCGAUGGUCGGCAGCGACGAGGAGGGCGACUUUUCGCUGGACAUAUACCCGCUGAUGCUGGACGACGAUGCCAAGUAUCAGUGCCAGGUGGGGCCGGGUCCCCAGGGCGAGCGCGGCAUACGUUCACGUUUUGCCAAUCUGACCGUGCUGGUGCCGCCGGAGGCGCCAAAAAUCCAACAGGGCGACUAUCUGGUCACCACAGAGGAUCGCGAAAUUGAGCUCGAAUGCAUCUCGGCUGGCGGCAAGCCGGCCGCCGAAAUCACCUGGAUCGACGGGCUGGGCAAUGUCCUUACCGCCGAGAGCUUCUUCGAGCCGAUGGCCGAUUCGCGGCGCGUCAAUACCAGAUCGGUGCUGAAGCUGGCGCCCAAAAAGAAAUAUCACAAUACGACGAUCACGUGCCAGGCGCAGAACACGGCCGAUCGCACCUAUCGCUCCGCCAAGGUGCUGCUGGAGGUCAAGUAUGCGCCCAAGGUGUCCGUUUCGGUUGUGGGCGGCGCCUUGGCCGGCGGCCGUAUACCCGAGGGCGCCGAGGUCAUACUCAGCUGCCAGGCGGACGCCAAUCCGCCGGAGGUCAGCUAUCGUUGGUUCAUCAACGAUGAGCUCAUCACCGGCGACUUUACCACCAAAAUGAUUAUUCACAAUGUGACACGCAAAUAUCACGAUGCCAUUGUCAAGUGCGAGGUGGUCAAUGCCGUGGGCAAAAGCGAGGAGAGCGAAACCCUCGACAUAAGCUUUGGACCCGUUUUCCGUCAACGUCCGGUCAGCAAGGAGGCGGAUCUGGGCGCCACAGUCACCAUGCGCUGCGAGGUGUCGGGCAAUCCCACGCCCGAGAUCGAAUGGAUCAACGAGAACUCGGAUCAGGUCGUUGGACGCGCACCGGAGCUGAAGCUGAAGGUGAGCAGCGAGACAGCCGGCCGCUACUUCUGCAAGGCGGUGGUGAACGGCUUCCCGGAGAUUGGCGCCGAGGCGACCGUCUAUGUGAAGCGUGCGCCGAUCAUCACCUCGCACAAGGUGCAGUUCGGCGCCGUUGGCAGCCGGGCCAAGAUCGAUUGUCUGGCCUUCAGCAUACCCAAGGCGGAGCAUAUACUGUGGUCCUUUGAGGGCAAGCUGAUCAACAUGAGCAGCGCCGAUCCCGACAUCUAUAUAUUCGAGGAGCAUCAUCUGCCGGAGGGCGUCCGCGCCGCGCUCAUCAUCACGGAGAGCCGCUCCACGCACUAUGGCAAAUACAAUUGCACGAUCAUCAACUCGUACGGCGGGGAUUCGUUGAUCAUCACAUUGGUGCCGGAGCCGGGCAGCAUACCCGUGCCGCUUGUCGUCAUGGGCUCCAUGUCGCUGGUGGCCAUUGUCCUGAUGGUCAUGAUGAUUGUGAUUGUCUACAGGAAGCGGCGCAGGCGCAAGAAGCCGAUGCCCGCCGACGUUAUACCGGAGGCAUCGCGCGGCGGCGACAAGCUGAACGAGCUGAAGAGCGAGCUGCGCGCCAAGGCGUACGAUGUGGAAUAUUCGGAGGCCGGCAGCGACGGCCUGGCCAUCAAUCUCACCCAGACAUGUCCGAUGCCGGAUGUCCAGAUGAAGGGCGCCACUCUCGGCGUACCGCUGGCCGGGCCCGUUAAGUUCGACGAGCGCUUCUCCGGCGACUACAGCGAGCGCUACAAUCGCCAGUGCCACAUCAAGAAUCUCAAGAACCAGCCGGAGCAGGCCUACAAGGAGACCACCAGCAACGGCUAUGCGCCCUACUUUGAGUACGCGCUCGACUACAGUCCGCCCGCUGACAGUGGCAAGGCCAAGGGCGCCGCCGGUGGCAUAAACUCGGCCACGCUGCCACACUUUGCGGCCAAUGCGACCGGCGCUGCCACCGGCGCUGCCACCGCCAAAGCCGGGGGCGUGCCCCUCAGCGGUGGGGCCAGUUUGCCGCGCAACCAGCGCCACGAGCUCCACCACAAUCACCAACAGCAUCACCAACAGCAUCACCAACAGCAUCAGCAUCAGCAUCAGCAGCAGCAGCAGCAGCUAAAACAGCCACAGACAUCGCAGGCUAACGGUUUUCUGGGCCAACCACUGCUGCAGAACGGCAUCGACAGUCGCUUUAGCGCCAUCUACGGCAAUCCCUAUUUGCGCACAAACUCAUCCAUAUUGCCACCGCUGCCACCGCCGAGCACCGCCAAUCCAGCGGCCACGCCCGCCCCACCGCCCUACCAUGCCGCCCGGCAUGCCAACAGCAAUGGCGGCCUCAAGCACUUCGGGGCCGGCGGCUACGGUGCGGCCGCCAGCAUCAGCGUUGCCGGAGCAGCGGGCAGCGCUGUCGGCGGCGGCGUCGGCGGCGGCGGCGGCGGGCCGGGCAGCGUCAGCGGCAGCAGCUCAAAUUUGACGGCCAGCAGCAAUACGCUGGCGGCCACGCCUCUCACACAGCCAUCGCUAUGCGGCCCGUUGGGCGUGGCCGGGAUGGGGGCACAGCAGAGUGCACAGAGUCCCUCCGGCCAGUUCAUAUUGCCCACAAAUGGCAAGGGCGUAACACAGAAGGGGCCGCUGGCCACGCAUGUCUAAGCAGUACGCCGGAACCAGCCGGUAGGCAAGAGGAACCCAAAACGGAACCGGAACCGGAACCGAAAUCGAAAUCGAAGCAGCAGCAGCAGAAGCCGAAAAUGGAACCGGAACCGGAACCGGAACCGGAAACGCAGCUAAUUAACGAGUAUAACGCAUAUUUAUUCAAUUUGUAUUCGUAUUCGUAUUCGUAUUCGUAUUCGUAUUCGUAUUGUCUAGACUCUAGAUACUAGGGAACUAAGCGAGAUAGAGAGUGUGAGUGUGUGUUUUUUUUUUCUCGA